AUGACCAAAGAGCAGAUAAAAGUUGUAGUCUGUGGUGAUCAUGGGGUCGGGAAGAGCAGUUUAAUCGCUUGUUUAGUAAAGGAUCAGUUCAUUGCAAGCCUCCAGGAGGUUGUACCGCCUGUGACCAUACCCAGAGAUUUCCAGUCUAGUCCGUAUGCUACUAAGACCACCUUCCUUGUGGAUACGACAAACUAUGAACUUCCCGCACUUCAUCGCGAGCUUAAGACUGCCGAUGUGAUAUGGCUGAUAUACUCCGAUCAUGAGAGUUACGACAGGAUAUCUUUGUAUUGGAUGAUGAUGUUUAGAUCCCUGGGUGUCAACUUACCUGUAAUAUUAUGCAAGAACAAAUGCGAUAAGCAGAAGCCGUUUGAUGAUCAGAAACAUGAAAAGCCCCUGAUUGAAGACGAUUUCGCAAGUGAAAAUGACACUAAAAUUGAGGACGAAGAGUUUAUACCAAUUCUUCGAGAAUUCAAAGAGGUGGAGACGUGCAUAAAGACUAGCGCUAAGGACAAGGUAAAUGUCAACCAGGCAUUUUAUCUGUGUCAACGUGCUAUCACGCAUCCAAUUGCACCUCUAUUUGAUGCCAGAGUUGGUGAUUUGAAACUCUUAGCUGUUCUGGCCUUAAAAAGAAUAUUUCUCUUGUCAGACAAGGAUCAAGAUGGGUAUUUGAGUGAAGUGGAACUGAUAGAGCUUCAGAGUCGAGCCUUUGGGAAGGUUAUAGAGACUUUGGAGCUGAAUUUCAUUGGAAAGACGCUUCUCAGUCUUAGUGCCCCUAAUCAAGAGUACGAAGGUUUUGUUCUUUAUGUUCCGGGAAAGGGAAUGACAAAGGACGGGUUUUUGGUCUUGAACAAAAUCUAUUCAGAGAAAGGACGUCACGAAACCACAUGGAGUAUUCUGAGAGCUUUCAACUACACUGAUUCACUUUCUUUGAGUGACAAAGUACUGCAUCCCAAAGUUGACAUUCCCGACACUGCGAGCGUUGAAAUCAGCCCUAUCGGAUAUAGGUUCUUAGUCGAACUGUUUUUGACAUUUGAUAGAGAUAAUGAUGGUGGCUUGAAUGAGCAAGAAUUACAAUUUCUGUUUAAAAGUACACCUGGACUUCCUUCUCUGUGGCUUGAAACCAACUUUCCUUUUUCGACUGUUAUCAGUAAUCGGGCGCAUGUUACACUACAGGGUUGGUUAGCGCAGUGGACCAUGACCGCCUUUCUGGAUUACAAAAUUACCACGGCAUAUUUGGUUUAUCUGGGGUUCGAAAAAGAUGCGCGUUUGGCACUACAAAUAACAAAAUCUCGGAGACACAGGCGCCGCAACAAUAAACUUUACCGCGCUCCAAUAACAGAUCGCAAAGUUUUUAGCUGUUUCGUCUUUGGAAAGCCGAAAUGUGGCAAAAGUUGUCUUUUGGAAUCAUUUUUGGGCAGAUCUUUCUCUGAAAACUACUCUCCCACCAUUAAACCUAAGAUAGCUGUCAACAGCUUGGAACUUAAGGGAAGCAAGCAAUACUAUCUAAUUCUGCAGGAGUUUGGCGAGCAGGAACCAGCUGUUAUCGAAAACAGUAGCAAAAUGAAGGGAUGUGAUGUUUUGUGCUUAGCAUAUGAUUCGAGUGAUCCGGAAUCAUUUUCCUAUCUUUAUGAUCUUGUUUGUCAGCACAAGCAUCUUCAAGAUAUUCCUAUGGUUUUUGUCGCCCUUAAAGCCGACCUGGAUAAGCAACAACAGCGUUGCCAGGUUCAGCCAGACGAUUUUACGGAUCAGUUAUUUAUUGAUCAUCCACUGCACGUUUCCUCGUCUUGGCCCAGCUCUCUAAACGAAUUGUUCGUAAAGCUGACAGAAGCAGCAUUGGAACCUUCAAGAAAUACCCCCGGUCUGGCACCUGACGUGGUGAAAGAAGAAGUUGAUUACUGGCAAUACGCAUUGUUUGGCACAUCAGCAAUUGGCUUUGCUUCUUUGAUAAGCUUUACCCUGUACAAAGUCAUCAGAAGCAUUCAGCAUUCGAAUUAA